AACAGGAAAUAUUUGCCCUGUGAACUGUCAAUAGCAAAAAUGCACGAAGAAUUAAUGAAAGAUCACGAAGCAGAAGAAAACUUUCAUUGUUCAUACGACUUGUAUCGAAAUGUAAUAUCAGAAAUGAACAUUUCCUUUGCAAAAUUGGGCCACGAGGAAUGCGAAAGAUGUGAAAAGUACAAUCUACACAAACAAGAUCAUGGCCAAAUCGAUGAACUUUUGUGUCCGGAAUGCAAUGAAUGGAAAGAUCAUAAAAAGAAAUAUACUGAAGCCCGAGAAGCAUAUGAAAAAUCAAUUGAUAAAGACAAUUUAGAUAGUUAUAGGCCUUCUGGUACAGUUGUCUACACAAUGGACUUGCAGAAAGUAAUAAUGUUGCCUCACAUUGAACAGUUCAAAGAAGCAGUGUUUUCUCGUAGAAUUGUCCUUUUCAAUGAAUCAUUUGUGCCUGUUGGAGAAAAACCAACCAUGGAUCCUUUUGCAUGCAUCUGGCAUGAGGGAAUUUCCGGUAGGAAAAAGGAGGACAUUGCGAGUGCAUUAAAUUCUUUUAUCAUGCACAAAAGAGAUGCAAAAAAAAUACACAUUUGGAUGGACAAUUGUGCAGCCCAGAACAAAAAUUGGGCUUUGUUUUCCUACCUGACAGGAUUGGUAAAUUCAAAUGAUAUUGAAGCUAAUGAGAUUGUUUUAAACUAUCUAGAGACAGGACAUACAUUUAUGUCUGCAGACCAUUUCCAUCACCAAGUUAAUAAACAGAUAAAGUCAAAAGGAAAAAUGUAUGAUUUUGAAGACUUCAAAGAUGCUGUCAAAGCUAGUAACUCUGGAAAGGUUACUGUAAAGAGCAUGGAGCAUCAGGACUUUUUCACAGAAUUUAACUAUUCUUCACAGUAUAAAAUUAUGCAUAAAGUUCCUCGUCCAUAUCUUAGUGAAAUGGUACAUGUUCUUUUCCAAAGAGGAUCUUUUGACAUGUUCUACAGAAAAUCAUUCAGUGGGGAAGUCUUUCAAUUGUCCUUUUUAAAAGCAGGAUUUACGAAGAAGAGAGAAGUUCCAAAACCAAAUACAAGAACCAGCCCCAGAGGUGUGAACAAAGAAAAGAAACAAGACAUUAUUAAAACACUUGUGCCUUUGAUGCCUCCCAACAGACAUGGCUUUUGGGUUGAUCUAGCAGUGAGUGAGGAGCCUGAUCUAAUCACAGAACAUGACAUUGACUGAGUUGUAUAGACAAUAUUCAUGUAAAUUUAUAAAAAUGUUUGUAACUUUGUCAUCAUAGUAAUUAGAAGUCUCAUUUUAUCAUUAAAACUAACACUAGAUAAAUAUUAUGUGACUUGUUACUGUGUUUAGCCCUACAAUCAUGCUGUUGAAAUCGCAUAGAACAAGAAGCCAAAAAACCGUAUGUGGCAGAUACGCUUUUUUGGCUUAGAAUCGCUUAAGGUACACUUAUGUAACUACAAGUAUUUAAAUGAUAAAUGAAUUUUUUUACUUCAUAAACUAUAUUUUUAGAUUCUGGAUACAAUAUUACAAAUUGCCUCAAAAAACCAGAACUUAAUAUUUAAAUCUACUGCUUGGCAAUGAGCAAAAGAGUAAAGUCAGCCUAGCUCAAAAUAGGCCAGAUGUCAGAUACCCUUUUCUUCCUUAG